AUGCCCUUUAAAGCAUUUGCCACGUUCAAAGAAAAAUUUGUGAAACCUGGAAAGGAAGGAGUGAAGAACACUCUGGGAGACACGUUGGGGAUUUGGCAAAGAAAAAUUGAUGGAAGCAAUGCGGGAGAAGAUAAUAUUGAACUGAAUGAAGAAGGAAGACCAGUGCAGGCAUCCAGGCCCAGUCCCCCACCCUGUGAUUGCCACUGCUGCGGUGUCCCCAAGCGUUACAUCAUCGCCAUCAUGAGUGGGCUAGGAUUCUGCAUUUCCUUUGGGAUUCGGUGCAAUCUUGGAGUUGCCAUAGUGGAAAUGGUUAACAAUAGCACUGUGUAUGUGGAUGGAAAACCAGAAAUUCAGGUUGCACAGUUUAACUGGGAUCCAGAGACAGUGGGCCUUAUCCAUGGAUCUUUUUUCUGGGGUUAUAUUAUGACACAGAUUCCAGGUGGUUUCAUUUCAAACAAGUUCGCUGCUAACAGGGUUUUUGGAGCAGCCAUUUUCCUAACAUCAACUUUGAACAUGUUCAUUCCUUCUGCUGCCAGAGUGCAUUACGGCUGUGUCAUGUGUGUCAGGAUUUUACAAGGUCUAGUGGAGGGUGUGACCUACCCAGCCUGCCAUGGGAUGUGGAGUAAGUGGGCACCACCUUUGGAGAGAAGCAGACUGGCCACGACCUCUUUUUGCGGUUUUGGAAUGGAGGCAACCUUACUUCUGGUAGUUGGCUUCUCUCAUACCAAAGGGGUGGCUAUCUCCUUUCUGGUGCUUGCUGUAGGAUUUAGCGGCUUUGCUAUUUCAGGUUUCAAUGUUAAUCAUCUGGACAUUGCACCCCGUUAUGCCAGCAUUCUCAUGGGGAUCUCAAAUGGAGUGGGAACCCUCUCUGGAAUGGUCUGUCCCCUCAUUGUUGGGGCAUUGACGAAGCACAAGACCCGGGAGGAAUGGCAGAAUGUCUUCGUCAUAGCUGCCAUGGUACACUACAGUGGUGUCAUCUUCUAUGGGGUCUUUGCUUCUGGGGAGAAACAAGACUGGGCUGACCCUGAGAAUCUCUCUGAGGAGAAAUGUGGAAUCCUUGACCAGGAUGAAUUAGCUGAGGAGACAGAACUCCACCACGAGAGUUUUUCGAGUCCCAAAAAGAAGAUGUCUUAUGGGGCUACUGCUCAGAAUUGUGAAGUCCAGAAGAAAGAGUGGAGAGGGCAAAGAGGAGAGACUCUUGAUGAGGGAGACCUGACAUCCUACCAGAAGGAAGAAGGACGUUUCCCAGAUAUACCCUAA